AUGACGAUGUUAAAAUAUGCUUCCUUACUAACUAUCUUGGGAAUGAGCUGUGCUCUCCCAUCCAACGUCCUACAAGGUCCCAGUCCAGCUCUGGAGCCGAGGGCAGCGUGUACCCCUACUGCUGGAGGAAGCUCAUCUAUUGAUGACACCCCGGCAAUUGCCUCUGCUAUAUCGUCAUGUGGCAACGGAGGAACGAUCGUCAUUCCUGCCGAUACAACCUACUACUUGAACACAUACCUAGACUUCAGCGGCUGCUCCGGAUGCGAUUUUCAAGUCGAAGGCCUUCUUAAAUUUUCUAGUGACACUGAUUACUGGGAAGGAAAGACAGCCAUGAUCAAUGUUGAGGAUAUCGAUGGUCUUCAAAUACGCUCAUUGACUGGAUCUGGCGUGAUUGAUGGCAAUGGACAGGAUGCAUGGGAUCUAUUUGCUUCAGACAGUAGCUACGCACGACCCACUCUUCUGUACAUAACAGGAGGAAGUGAUAUUACUAUCAGCGGUUUUCGCCAGAAGAACCCCCCUAAUGUUUUCAACUCUAUAAAAGGGGGUACGACCAACGUGGACUUCUCCGACUUGGAAAUGGAUGCCAAGUCAAACUCGGAUAAUCUACCAAAAAACACAGACGGAUUCGACAUUGGCGAAAGUAUUUAUGUCUCUAUCAGCAAUGUCAAAGUCACAAACGAUGACGACUGCGUGGCUUUUAAACCCAGUUCCAACUACGUUACGAUUGAUACGAUCACCUGCAUUGGCUCUCACGGUAUAUCUGUGGGAUCACUGGGGAAAUCUAGCAGUGAUACUGUGCAGAAUGUCUAUGUAAAGGAUGCGACUAUGGUAAACUCAACGAAAGCAGCCGGUAUUAAAACUUACCCAACUGGUGGUAGUCAUGGGCUUUCCACUGUUAAAAAUGUGACAUUUACCGGAUUCACCGUGGAGAACUGCGACUACGCGAUUCAAAUACAAAGUUGCUAUGGUGAAGAUGCCAGCUAUUGUGAAGAAUACAACAAUGAUGCCGUCCUGACGAGUAUUGUAUUCGAUAGUUUCAGCGGUACUACGAGUAGUGCGUAUGAACCUGUGACUGGAAAUCUAGACUGUGGGUCAGACGGAACCUGUGAUAUCACGGUAUCGAGUUAUACGGUGGUUGCACCAACUGGUGAAGGGGAGGUACAAUGUGCGAAUACUCCAAGUUUGGGAGUGACCUGUGUGUCUGGCGCUUCUGGUUGA